AUGGCGAGGCCAGACCAACGAGUCGGCAUCACCCAGGCAUCUCAGGAACUUCCUGAGGAGUUGUCCGAGAUCGAGUCGUCCAUUGAGGAGGAUGCAGAUCGAAGCUAUCCGGAGGACUUCGCCGAUGAUACGGGCACAGGCACCUUGGAUCGAAGCGAGCCGAGGCAGAGUGCAGCUGCGUCGCCUCGCAGUUUGACUUCCGACAAGGAAGCGAGCUACUCGGAAGAUUUCGCGGAAGCCACGCUGGAGGCGACCAUGGAGGAGGCUCUUCCCACUCCGGACAUCCCGCGCGCCACCUUGGACAGGCGUCAAGAGAUAGCUUUGCGGCAGCAGGCGGACUCGAAGAAAGUGAUCGUGCCACUGGUUCCAGAGGACGAUGACAUCGAGGAAGAGGACAUUCCGGAGGGUGGAGAUUUCAGUGAGGAUGACCUUGAGGGCUCCAGCUCAAUGUACGACCCGGAGGUUCGCCGAAGAGAGAUGGAGAAGGAGGAGCAGCAACGAGAGGAGGAGGAGCGUCUGCGCAGGGAGCAGGAGCAAGCCGAACAGGCGCGCAAGCAAAAAGAGAUAGACGAGGCAAAUCGCCGGCUGGCUGCAGAAAGACAGCGCAAGCUGGAGGAGGAGAGGAAGCGCGAAGAGGAGGAAGCCUUCCGAAGGAAGCAGCAGGAGGAGCUUCAGCGUGAGCAGGCCCGGAGAGCGGAGGAGCAACGUAAACAGGCGGAAGAGGCGGAGAGGAAGAGGGAGGAAGAGAGGAGGAAAGCGGAGGAGCAAGAGACCAGAAGGAGGGAGGAAGAGAGGAGGAAAGCCGAAGAGGAGACCAGGAGGAGAGAGGAGGAGCAGCGAAAGAAAUCCGAAGAGGAGAACAUGAGGAGGGAGGAGGAACGCAGGAAAGCAGAAGAGGAGACCCGAAAGAGGGAGGAGGAACGGAAGAAAGCGGAAGAAGAGACCAAAAGACAGGAAGAGGAGGAGCGAAGGAAGGCCGAGGAGGAGGCAAAGAAGAGGGAAAAGGAGGAGGCAGAGCGCCGGAAGGCUGAAGAAGAGCUCCUGCAGAAGAGGGAGGAGGCCAUGCGAGCCAUACCUUCCCAGGUUCGGCAGCAGGCCGUGGCGUCCGAGGAACCCGGGGAGCCCCAAAAGCAGCGGCAGAUGAUGGAAGCCCAAGCUCGAGAGCUGCAGGAGCCCGACAGGCCGAAGCAGCCUGAUGAUGUGGAAGGACUAGUGCCCGAAGUGCUCAGAAGCACACCGGAGAGCCCAGCAAAGGACUCCAACUUUGCGAGCCCUUUGGUAGCAGGCGCAGGCCUCAGACCGCGUCGCUUCUCCGGCACCUGGAUUCAGACGGAGCUGGACACAGCAGGGCACCUGGAAGACGGAGAGAUCCCCCCUCAGGCAGCUCCGGGUCCUGACAAGAGCCGAAGCUAUCAGAUGGAGCCUUCGCGGCAGACGGAGCUUCGUUCACGCCCGUGCAGUGACAACGUCUGGUCUUCGCCGAAGUCGCAAUGGGACGAGCAGAGGACUGCGUCCACGACUGCAGGGGACCGGAGCUAUCGAACCGGCUGGUCCUCCAGGUGGGAGCAGGCGGGCGCGGCCGGCGAAUGGCCUGAUCGAGACGAUUGGCGCGGGAGUUGGUGGGACCGCGACUGGCAUCUUCAGCGCGAUGAGGAGGACUUCCGGCCGUUUGAGGUGCGGAGUCAGGGGCGAGAGAGAUGGGGAAGCUUGGGAGAAGACCUCCCGACCUGGAGCCAAAGACGUUCUAGGGAUCUCUGGCCGGACACUCCCGGCCAUUGGGAGAAAGAAAGCUGGCCACGGCAGGACAAAGAGAACUGCGUGAGCCAGCUUGGAGAGUGGGAUUGGGAGCGGGCGCGCCGCAGCCCGUCUCGCGCCUCGGGGCUCUGGCAGUCCCGGCCGAAGGCCGCGUGGGAAGCUGCAGCGGCGUCGUUUCCCAAUCAUACGGCGGCGCUGCCUCAACCACUAGGAAUAGCGCCGGGCUUCUAUGGCCAGCCCACGCCAUUCGGAGUGCUGUAUCCCUGGGGCUUCGGCAGCUACCCGUUGCCGGGAACAGGACCAGGCCCCUGCCUGGUCGCCCCUCCGACCAUGGCUGAGUCGGCCACCCUGUCGCCAACAGGCGCGAGCCCGGCCCGUCCAGCUCCGGAGGAGCAGCAGGACGAGGAGGACGAGGAGGCACCAGCGCCGCCAGCGGCCAACAUACUGGAAACAACGCUUCCUGUGGGCCCAAGUGACCUGGACUUUCAGGAGUCGCUGGUCUCUGCUUUUGCGGCCGUAGUGGAUGAAAUGCUCCAGUUCAAGUACGGCUGCGGCAUAGACACGGCGGACUACCGGGGCAAGCUGAGAGCUCUUUGCGAUGCGAGUGCGCUGUGUUCCAUGGCGCGGCUGCUGGACGCUGCCAACUCGCAGAAAGAGUUCGUAGCCCUGGACUCCAGCAACUGCCAGGUGCAGCUGCGGCUGACGUACCAGGAGCUCUCUUCCUUCGGCGGCCUCUGCGAGAGGCUUCGAAUCCUUCCGGGCACCGCCAGCGCCGUGGUGGUCAUCUCCACGCGGGGCGGCUACGCCGUGCAGGCCUUGGCCGCCUUUCGGCCCUCCUGUGACUUUCGCCACGCUGUGGGCCGAUGCGGCUUGGGCACGAAUGCCCGUGCUUUAGAGCACUUCGCCGAGGAGGAGUUCUGUAGUGCUGUGGCUCUGGAGCCCACGAUCCUGUCUCUGCAGGCACCACUGGGCGGCCCCCUGCGGGAGCCUCCGGCACUCACGGAGGAGUUCCGGAGCCUCCGGCAGCUCCUCCUGGGCCGCCCGGGCGCCGGCGCCUCGCAGCGCAGCUCCGGCGCCUUGGCCCCGCAGCUCCUUGCGGCUCUCCACGCACGAGCGCCCAGUGCGCUGGCAUUCCGGCAUGUCGCCUCGGCCCUAGCAGGCAACGACGUUCAACCGGAUGUGGUCGACGAGCUUUUCCGGAGGCUCGUGGACUGGUUUCGAAGCAGCUCUCCGUCUGUGGUAGCCGCUGCGCAAGGUGCACUGGCUGAGGCUCCAGCGCACGUGGCCCUGGUGGCUCGCCUACGGAAAGCUCCGGAGAGGCGACGUCUCUGCGAGCUGGGCUGCCAGCUCCUGGCCCGCGCUGCGCGGCACCACGUGGAGAACGCGGCUGCCUUUGUGGGCGCCGGUGCGGCGCAGCUGGUCUGCGAGAUGCUAGACAGGCACUACGGUGUGAAGGAGCUGCAGAGGUGUGG